AUGACAUACCCAAAGAAAAUGACUCUUCCUAGUCAGGGGAAGAUCGAACCGCCCGUUCUGCCUCCUAAACUAAUUACAUUCGAUGCGUACAACACAUUGUAUUGCUCGACAACUCCAAUCAUGGAGCAAUACUCCGCCAUUGCAUUGAAAUACGGUAUAAAAGUUCCAGUUGAGAGACUCAAUGAAAGGUUCCGCAAAACAUUCCAAACGUUGAAUGACAAGUACCCGAACUACGGUAAACAUUUUGGGUUUUCUGCUAAUGAUUGGUGGGCGCGUUUGAUAAGACAGGUCUUUUUACCUACUGAGGUACCAGAGUCCUUAGUAGACGACAUAUUGGAGAGAGUGUUAACCAAGGAAGGUUUUAUUGCCUAUCCAGAUAUUAUAGAUUUUGUAAAGGAAGUGAAGGGUAGAUUCCCUGAUGUGAUCAUCGGAGUGGUGAGCAAUACUGAUCCCGACUGUUACGAGUUAUUGAGGCAGCUGGGACUGUUUGAUUAUUUCAAAGGUGCUGUUUACCUGUCAUAUGACAUUGAACUAUUCAAACCUGACCCGAAACUCUUUGACUAUGUCGUCAGCGAUGUUGUCAAGCGACACCCUGGUAUUAUUGGAGAAGGGGAUUCUAUUAAAACAUUUAGAAGGCAUUGUUGGCAUGUCGGCGAUGAAUUCAAAAAAGACCUGCUGGCUGCACAGAAAGCUGGUUGGAAUGCCGUUCUCGUCGAUAGGUUGAACCGUAAUGGGUUACUUAACGAUCUGGAGCAAAGAAGUGAGAUGACCGAGCACGAUCUGUAUAUGGAUAAAUUAGACCAACACGCCGAGAAGAUAUGGGAUCACUGCCGGGAUCAAAAACAUUUUGUCCAACUCAAUGAAACCUCAUUUGUGGUCCCUAAUAUAACAGUUUUGAAACAGCUGUUCUUAGCGGAGGGGUGA